GUAAAUCGCAAUUUCCAUAAAUUAAAAAUUGCACUUACGUUCUUAUUUCCGUUGAGGGCUUUGAAAUCUCUCGAGACUCUUCACCGUUAACAACCCUACCUUUGAGCCACUAUAUUCCGUUUGGCUGCCAAGAAAAGCUUCUCUAGUAAAAAUGGCGAAAUCGAAGGCUCACUCAAAGAAGCAGCAAAAGCGUGGAGUCGAUUUCAAAAAAAUAAAGCGAAAGAUUGGAAGGAAGUUGCCGCCGCCGAAGAAUGCUACGAAUACCGAAGUUAAAUCCAAAGCAAUCACACUUCCCGAGCAGAGCGUGGCAUCAGAAAAGGGAGGUUUAGCUGUGAACAAGAAAGGUUUGACUUUGAAAGAACUUCUUCAGCAAACAUCUCAUCACAACCCAAAAGUUCGUAGAGAUGCAUUGAUGGGUAUUAAGGAUUUAUUCCUUAAAUAUCCAGCAGAGCUAACAUUGCACAAAUAUGCUGUCGUGGAGAAACUGCGUGAACGUAUUGGGGAUAAUGAUAAAGCGGUUCGAGAAACAGUGUAUCAACUAUUUAAGACAGUGAUAUUCCCUAAUUGUAAAGAGGAUAAUCAAGGGCUUUUUAUUUCCUUAACAAUGGCGUAUAUCUUUAAUGCAAUGACGCAUUUAUCAAUUGACAUUCGGUUGAUGGCAUUCAAAUUUCUUGACCUUGUUGUCCAGAAUUAUCCACCUUCCUUUUUCCUGUAUGCUGAAAAGAUUCUUCAAAAUUAUGAGAAUAUUCUACGGAAGAACCAGUACCAGUUCUAUGUACAGGACAAAGGGAAGCUCAAGAGUGUUCUUGCUGGGUUGGUGUACUGCUUGUCGCUGGUGCCUUGUAAUAAAAAAGAAGUUGACUCCUGUGAAAAGAAUGAAGCUGGACAAGGGAUGUUACAUGCUUUUGAGCCUGACGUGCCUACAGAAUCUGCUGGAUUUUCUGUCAUCUUCAAGAAGCUGAAGGAUCUUAUGCCAGUUUUAGCCGAUUGUUUCCAAGAUUUUGUUUCAUUUGCUCGCGCUAUGCCAGUUCUUGAUGCACAAUCAUUUGAUUGUAUGUUGGGCAUACUCCAAUGCAUAGAUAUCACAGCCAAAUUUUUUAUUUAUGGGACUAACAAGGGUAAAUCAGAAUAUCAACCUCAUGGAGUACCUGAUGUGACAGAGUGGGAUGAAAAUCUCUCAUCAUUGCUAAUGAAGAAGGUACUACAAGUGUUUCCCCUCAACCCGACAUGUCACAUGUCAGAAAAGGAUGAUGAUAGGUAUUUUAUCUUGAACACAUUGGUUAUGGGAAUACUUUUGCAAAUCAGCGAAUGGAUCUGCCCUCCUGCUAUCAUAUGGGAGAAAUUUCUAGAAUUUAUAGAAAAUGCACUGCUUGGAAAGAUUUAUAGUGGCACAAGGUCUGGUAAAGUAGUCUGGGAAAAGCAUUUACUUUCACUUCUUCCUUUUUUCCCAAAACUUGUUUCACAAGUGCCGAGCAAUUGGAGGUCUCGUCUUCUUCAGGCAUUUACCAAUGCUUUUAAGGAUUGCCACCCAGAGUCUUCAUUAAAGUUGGCAUGCCUUUCUACAAUUGAAGAUAUGCUUAUUCCAAAGGAAGAUAGGCUAUACCUAGAUUCAAGUGAUCCAGAAAUACUAGACCAUCAGAUUGCUUGGAUAAGAGAGCUUUCUCCAUUGCUAAUCCUGCUAGGUGAUAAGCAUCCAUCUUGUUCCCAGGUUGUGUUGCAUUUGCAACUUCGGCUGGGACAGUGUGCUCUGUUGAACUCUUCUCUUGCAUGGGAAUAUGACAACAUGCAAUACUCAUUGCUAGAGUUUUACUGCACAUGUCAGGAUGAUGGAAAGUUACACUAUGGUCCUUUCAUCAGGCUUCCUAGAGAUUCGCAGGAACUCUCUCUCUGUUGCCUUUACUAUUUUUCUAAUUUGGAUUCACCUUUGUUGCAGUCAAUAGCUUCUUGUUGCCUAUGUCCUGAUUUGGAACCAUUUAUAUUAUUACGAAGUAUAGAGGUUCUCCAUUCGGCCUAUGCUGCUGGUCAUGUCAAAAUUACUGACUAUAUCAGUUUCAGCAUCACUUUGCUCUCACGUUUUAAAGUUUUACCUGAAAACAUAUAUCCUGUUAAAGAGAGUGAUAUAAAGAUGAGAAACCAUGGAACAUAUAAGUCAGUCACCACUGUUGUUUGCUCAAACCUGUCGCAGAUUGGUGACAGUUCUCUUGUUUUUCAGAUUCUAGAGAAAGUGUCAGUUGGACAGAUAUUAAUGAAGCCACCUUUGGACAAUGCUUGUGCCAUGCUCAGAAUGCUUGCUGUGCUGGAUUCUAAACCCACGAGACUUUCUGAGCAGAGUAUUGUCACUCUAAGCAAUUUCAUUUCAGGAUAUCUGAUUGAUGUUGUGCAUUGCAUUCCAGAAGAUCAUGAUGAGGCCAAUGUCUCCUUUCCUACACUCCUUUAUUAUAUCCUACCUUGUUUUUUCUUGUUUGAUAGAAGUCACAAACUUCUGAAUCUUGUUUUGAAGACAAUGGGAUCCUUGAUAACUGCAAGUAGUUCAUCACUGUGUUCGCCUAACUGUAUCCAACAUGCAAUGGAGUGUUCAAGUAGAAUAAAUGCCAUUGUUUCUGUCCUUGUAUUCAUGCAUAAGGAUGUUAAAGUUCAGAAAAUUAUCUCUGCAUUCAAGGCAGAAAUCGUCCAUAUGUUACAAAAAAUACUCUCUUUACAGUCUUCAGAGGAAAUCAGCAUGCCCAUUGAGGAGAGGCAUAAAAUACGGCGUGCCUUUCAUCGACUAAAAGUUUUGAUAAGUAAAUCAUCGAAUGGGAUACCUGCAAUAUAGGAUGAUGUUUAUAAAAUCGUCAUCUUUCCCUUCAAUACUUAAUUUACACCAUGGUAACUCUUAGAGAUCAGCCCUCAAGGUGAAUGCUCUAGUAAUGAGCUCUGAGAAUGGAAUAUCCAACUAUCUUGGCUAGUGAACAUUGCCAAAGUCUUACAGUAAAUAUAAGGCACUGGUCCUGAGUGUAAGUCUUACUACAGGACCCUGUGUCUGCAAUUUUGAGUUAGGAAGUAAAAUUCUACCCAUUGUUCUGGGAAUUUUUGCUGGGGAGCUAAAUUAUAGAAGCAAUCUUAUCUCAAUGUAUAGUUUGAUUGUGUUUUUCCCCCAAAUCCUUCUGGUUGUACUAUAGUUAAUCUCUUGGAUAUGAAAUUUUGUAUUAGACAACUUGUGAUAUAUAUAUUUUUGUUUAUUAGACCUUA